AUGACCGUCCCUCAACUCCAGAUCAACGACACAACCCCCGUCGUGACCGAAGACAAAGCAGACCAGCCCAUCAUGUCCACGACUCGAAGAUCUCUCCACCAGAAUAUCUUUGGCAAACUCCGUCCCCUGCCUUUCCAGUAUCACUGGGCUGUGUGGUACGAGAAGCAUACCGAAUCCUCCGAUAACAAGCUGUAUGUGCUCCACGACGACGUUGCCGAUAUCGCCACCUUCUACCGGGUCUAUAACAACUACCCCUGGGAAAAGAUCCGAACUCGAGACACAGUCCAUAUCUUCCGUCAAGGUGUCAAACCACUCUGGGAAGAUCCAGAGAAUCAGCAAGGUGGAUGUUGGCGAUUCCGUGUGCCCAAGAGCAAGGCGCAGGCGUUUUUCCAUGAGACUGCCGUUUUGUGUAUGGCGAAUGAAUUCCAGGCUGUUCUAGAGAAAGAACAUGACCAUGUCCUUGGUGUCUCUACCUCUGUUCGCUUCAACUCGCAUCUCAUUUCCGUAUGGAACAAACUUGGCUCCAACGACCGGUCUAUCAGAGCCCUUGAGCAGACAAUCAUUUCUCGUCUAUCGCCAGAGCUUCGUCCUACGGGAACCAGCGCAACUUCGUAUUUCUACAGACGUCAUGAUGAAAACGAAGGGUACCAAGAGGCUGUUGAGAAGAGUGCGUCUGUUUCUGAGGAGUGA